AUGUUUCCGAAUCGUGUGAUUUCGCGGAAUGGUGAUAUUGCGUGGCCAUCACGUUCUCCUGAUUUGACUCCCCCUGAUUUCUUUUUAAGGGGUUAUUUGAAAUCUAAAGUAUUCACUAAUAACCCACAUACACUACUAGAGUUAAAAGAAAACAUUAGACGGGAAAUUACAGCCAUCGAUGUGCAUACCCUUCAGAGAGUUAUGGACCGUAUGAAAAAACGGAUAACCGACUGUAUACAAAAUGGAGGCUGCCACUUAAGUAAUGUAAUUUUUAAAAAUUAA